AUGCGCAACGAUACCACAAAGGAAGAGGAAAUCCCCGUUUCGCAUAUAAACCGGUGUUCCGAAGACCCAGCGACUAUUUCUACGAUGAGUAAACAGGUUCGCACAACUCAGCAGCCUAAAGCCACAAUCUCAAUAAACACCGAAGGUGCAGGUAUGAAUACUGUACCUAUGUAUCAGGGCCCGUCCCAAAAUAAACCUAGCGUAGUAAAUUCGCUACAACCAUCGAUCAUAUCAAGUGGUGUUGCGACAGUUGCUCAAACACACGUACCUCAGUGUCAGACAACAACGCGAACUGUUUUCCCGAAUCAUGUAAAUCCAAGCAUAACGAAUUGUCCGGGAUCGUCAUCAUGGAUCCAUCCCCCUCAAUUCGAAAUUAGGAAUUCGAACAAUGUUCCUAUUGCUUCCAGUUUCCCAGCCUGUAUACCGGAAAAUCACAUGUCUUCACAGCCCACGAUGGCAUUCUCUCAGCAGCACUGUCCAUCAAUGCUUGGUCCACAACUGAAUCAAUUUCAAGUGGCAUCUCGACAAUCGAUGGGGAGAGAUUUACCUACCUUCACCGGAAACCCCGAAGAAUGGCCGGUGUUCAUUGCAAGUUUUGAACAAUCGACUCUAGCAUGUGGAUUCUCUAACGCGGAAAAUUUAAUCCGUCUACAACGAUGCCUGAAAGGACAUGCCCUGGAAUCGACUUUACGUACACUAUACGGUCGACCUGAACUGUUGAUACGGGUAUUAUUGGAAAAAGUGCAACAAUCGCCCGCCCCCAAACCGGGACGUUUGGAGACAUUAGUACAAUUCGGAUUGACUGUCCAGAAUCUUGUAGACCAUCUAGCGGGAGCAAACCAAAAGGAUCACCUUUCCAACCCAAUUUUAAUGCAACAGCUAGUCGAUAAACUUCCUGAUCAUUUGAAACUUAAUUGGGUUAGAUAUCGUGAGCUCUCCCAACGAUUUCCUCACCUGCGUGGACUGCCAUUAGAAGACUACGAGCUUAUACAACCGAAACUGCUUAUUGGGCUCGACAAUCUUGCCUUAGGAGUUCCUUUGAAAAUACGUCAAGGAAAUCGAAAUGAUCCAAUUGCGGCUAAAUGCCGACUGGGAUGGAGUAUCUACGGCGGUUCUAGCCAUCCUGGACAAGCAUCAAUCCUCAACUUCCAUGUUGGUGCUGUUUCCGACCCUGAUAGGGAGCUAAAUGAGCAGCUUCGGGAUUAUUUUACUCUAGAAAAUACUACUGGAACUAUUUCAUUAGAAAAACUAGAAUCAGAGGAUGACAAGCGAGCCCGAAAGAUCUUGAGGGAAACUACUAAGCGUAUUGCGAUCGGAUUUGAAACUGGGCUAUUGUGGAGAACUGAUGAUCCUGUGGUUCCAAACAGCUAUUCAAUGGCGUAUCGUCGGUUAGUCUCACUUGAGAGGAAGUUGGAGAAAGAUCCCCCUUUGAAGCAACGGAUCCACGCCAUGAUAGCAGACUAUGAAGGGAAAGGCUACGCUCAUAAGGCUACAAGCGAAGAACUAUCUUUAACGAACCAAAACCGAGUGUGGUACCUUCCAUUGGGUGUCGUUUCUAACCCAAAGAAACCACACAAAAUCAGAUUAAUCUGGGACGCUGCUGCCAAAACCGAAGGAGUCUGUUUUAACUCUCUUCUGUUGAAAGGUCCUGACCUAUUGACUCCACUUCCACAAGUCCUAAGUCAGUUUCGUCAAUUUCCCGUUGCGGUGUGUGGAGACAUCCGGGAGAUGUUCCACCAAAUAAAAAUCCGUGAGCCAGAUCGGCAAUCUCAACGUUUCCUAUGGCGUAGCACUCCAAUUGAACCACCAACUGUAUAUGUCAUGGACGUAGCCACUUUCGGGUUCACCUGUUCUCCUGCGUCGGCACAAUAUGUGAAGAACCUCAACGCAUCGGAAGCUGCUCAACAAUUUCCCCGGGCUGCUGCCGCCAUUACAUUGAAUCACUAUGUGGACGAUUAUCUGGCUAGUUUCUUGUCAAUUAAGGAGGCGAUAGCAGUGGUCAACGAAGUCAAGCAGGUACAUGCUAUGGAUAUUUUACCGAUUCUCGCCAAGGAUCACGUUCCUACCAAACGAGAAGUUCUCAAAGUGGUAAUGAGUUUGUUUGACCCCUUGGGACUUCUGGCCUUUUUUCUAAUACAUGGGAAAAUACUCAUUCAAAAUACGUGGCUCGAGGGAUCAGGUUGGGACGAUCCUAUCUCGAACAAACUGCAAAAACGAUGGCAGUGGUGGACUGAUCUUUUUCCGCAACUGGAGUUAUUGAGAAUUCCUCUGUGUUAUUUCCCGGCUCCGUUUCCAAUUAAUUCGCACGAGCUGGAAGUACAUAUCUUCGUAGAUGCCAGUGAGCUGGCAUAUUCUUGCGUAGCAUAUUUCCGCCUGUUAACGGAGAAUAACAUUAUCGUUGCGCUUAUAAGCGCAAAGACCAAGGUAGCCCCCAUAAAGUCUCUCUCGAUACCCCGCCUGGAAUUAAAAGCGGCUGUUCUGGGCACACGCCUGAUGGAGUCUAUUAAAAGUCAGCACACACUCCCCAUUUCACGAAAAGUGUUCUGGAGUGACUCCAGCACCGUUCUGGCCUGGAUUCGAUCUGACCAUCGUCGUUACAACAAAUUUGUAAGUUUCCGAAUCGGUGAAAUACUGAGUUCCAGUGAACCGAAUGAAUGGAAGUGGGUACCUUCCAAACUGAAUGCAGCAGACGCCGCAACGAAGUGGGAGAAUGGAUCCGAAAUCAAAUCUGACAGCCGAUGGUUCCUAGGACCCAGUUUUCUGCGGUUAUCUGAAGAACGGUGGCCAAAACAAAAGUCUGUGUCAAUCACCGAAGAAGAAUUACGACCGGUUCAUACUCACUGGGAAAGAGAGCCAAUCAUCGACAUCACUCGAUUCAGUCAGUGGGCAAGAUUACUUCGUACGAUGGGAUAUGUUUUACGCUUUAUCCACAAUCUUCUACAUAAAAAACUCAAGUUACCUCCUGAAUCAGGUGUACUGACCCGAGAGGAAAUUAGAGGAGCAGAAGAAGUGCUGUGGAAAAUAGCGCAGUCAGACGAGUUUUUUGAAGAAACGAAAUUGCUGAAGGAGACCCAAGUGCCACCCCAUGCUGUACAUUGCGUCGUCACUAAAUCAAGUCCUAUAUACCGAGCUUGGCCAUUUCUAGAUGAUCGAGGAGUCCUGAGAAUGCGGGGUCGUAUUGGUGCUACAAAAUUUGCAUCAUACGAAGCAAAAUAUCAAGUUAUUCUGCCAAGAAAACAUCCUAUAACCUUCCUAAUAACUGACUGGUAUCAUCGCCGCUUCCGCCAUGGUAAUAAGGAAUCAAUUGUGAACGAGAUGCGCCAGCGUUUCGAAAUCUCCAAACUACGGACAUUGGUGAAGAAGGUUAUGGCGAGAUGCGUCUGGUGCCACGUUAUGAAGACCAAACCGAAGUCUCCACCCAUGGCAUCACUUCCGGAUGCUCGAGUAAGCACAUUUGUUAGACCUUUUACAUUUGUUGGGUUGGAUUAUUUUGGUCCAGUGUUCGUUCGAGUUGGUAGGAAUCAGGCCAAACGUUGGGUGGCUCUCUUCACCUGCCUCACCAUUCGAGCCGUACACUUAGAGGUAGUGCACACCCUAUCAACCGAGUCUUGCAUUAUGGCAGUUAAGCGAUUCGUUGCACGUCGAGGAUCUCCCGCCGUAUUCUAUACGGAUAAUGCGACAUGUUUUCAUUGUGCAGAUAAAGAGCUACAAUCUCAGGUCGACAUUCGAAACAGAGCUUUAGCGUCUACGUUCACCAGUUCCCAAACCAGCUGGAAAUUCAUUCCCCCUGCUGCUCCCCAUAUGGGAGGAGCAUGGGAGCGACUUGUCCGUUCUGUAAAAAUAGCAGUUGGCACAAUAAUAGAUGCUCCCCGCAAACCCGACGACGAAACUCUGGAGACUGUUUUAUACGAUGCUGAGGCCAUGAUAAAUUCUAGGCCCCUGACGUACAUUCCACUGGAAGAUGCUGACCAGGAGGCACUGACUCCCAAUCAUUUUUUGCUGGGUAGCUCUUCUGGCAUUAAAAUUGAACCCGUAGAGACAGGCAACCGCUCCAUCCUGCGGAGUAGUUGGAAACUCGCUCAGCACAUCACUGACGAGUUCUGGCGGAGGUGGGUGAAGGAAUACCUACCAGUUAUAACUCGAAGAUGUAAGUGGUUCGAAGAGACGAAAAACAUAGGGGUGGAAGAUUUGGUACUGGUCGUGAACGGUACAGGAAGGAACCAAUGGAUACGUGGACGUGUGGAACAGGUUUUCUCAGGACGCGAUGGGAGAGUUCGGCAGGCAAUGAUACGAACUGCGACUGGUGUUCUACGGCGACCGGUGGUUAAGCUAGCGAUUUUGGACGUCGAGAAAGUUAGUAAACCCAAUCAAGAGUCUCCAGGGGUCAGGACCAUUACAUGGGUUUACGAGCGGGGGUAUGUGACGGCAAAAAACCCGAUACCGAUAACACUACAGCCGCUCUAUCCAGUGAAGAUUCGAUUCCGCAACGCACUCUUCGACAGGCCACAAAAACCAAAGCAAAAUUAG